AUGUUUUCUCCAAGGCAGAGCUUACAGAGGAAAGGGGAGAGAUGGAGCCUUUUGUCCGAUGGACACUUCUCUCACCCCCAUGGAUUUCCUCUAGUCUUGCCGUGGCUCCCUUAUGACCAUUGUUUUGGAAUUCAAAUGGGAAUAGGACUUGACGCCAAAUUUUUGCAAGUUGCUGGGCUUGGGCUUGUACAUAUGGUAUUGGGUCCUCUGGCUUUGUUGCUUCUAUCGUUUGACAGGCUUUCCUCAAGCUGCUGGAAAGGCUUUCCCUUUAAUUCUAUUGAUGUGGGCUGGGCUAAAUAUCUUGGAACGGGCUUGAGUUCCAAAGCCCCCAAGUGGCUUGAAACUUACAUUCCUUGA